UUGGCUUUCGACAUGACUGCUUACGGCUUAGUUGUUUCGGUUUUGGUCCUCCUGCUCCUCGGAGAGGCGGCGAGUGCAGACGCCAGUGGACGGAUAGUGGGCGGCGAUGACCAGGUGAUUCGUAACGCCCCUUGGCAGGUGUCCAUUCAGAUCAGUGCGCGUCACGAAUGCGGCGGAGUCAUCUACAGCAAGGAGAUCGUCAUCACGGCUGGACACUGUCUGCACGGGAAGUCGGUGACCCUGAUGAAGGUGCGCGUGGGAGCACAGAACCACAACUACGGCGGAACAUUGGUUCCCGUGGCGGCGUACAAAGUCCACGAGCAGUUUGAUUCCACGUUCCUGCACUUCGACAUUGCUGUGUUGCGUCUUUCCACUCUACUGACCUUUGGCCUCUCUACGCGAGCCAUUAAUUUGGCCAGGGUGAGUCCCUCCGCCGGAUCAACGGCCACCGUCACCGGUUGGGGCAAUACGGAUAAUGGUGCCCUCGCCGAAACCCUUCAGAAGGCCCAGCUGCAGAUCAUCGAUCGAGCGGAGUGUGCCUCACUGAAGUAUGGCUACGGUGCUGACUUUGUGGGCGAGGAAACUAUUUGUGCUGCCACCACUGACGCGGAUGCCUGCACAGGUGACUCUGGUGGUCCUCUGGUGGCCAACAGCCAGCUGGUGGGCAUUGUAUCCUGGGGCUACGAGUGUGCAAACGAGAACUACCCCGGUGUCUACGCCGAUGUGGCCAUCUUACGGUCCUGGAUUGUCAAGGCAGCGAAUGCCAUAUAAACGGGCUAUUCAAAAUAAAAAGCAUGUUUAAAAAUCCAAAA